UUUUAUAAGUUUUGGAGUUGUCUUAACAGUUGAGGCUGUAGAAAAUAGAGUCAAAGACUGAGAGACAUUACUCUAAGUGAAGCGCCGGAGGAGAAAAGGUAUAUCUCCUGCUAGCUGCAAAAGUUUGUCUUCGGGAGGAGCUGUCGGAGUCCACCUGCUGCUGCGUCGUUUUCCCGAAGGAAGAAAGGAUAUGUCUGUCGUGUCGGCGAGGGUCCGCUAGGGGAGGGACUGAAAAGUUUGUUCUGCCUGGUCGGUGGGUCCGGAGCCUGCAACCUGCUAGCAUUCAGCUCGGCUACUGUUUCUCCUCAUCAUCUUCCUCCAGCCAUCACUCUGACACUGUGACUUGAACUCUGCUAUAAAACUAUCUGCACUGUGAGGAUGGGUGGAACCAACAUGGGGAAAAGUGGAAGAGCUGACAGGCCACAUUUGCUGCAGGAUCACAUGAUGUAGAGAUCAGAGAUCAGACUAGUUUCAGGUUGGAGGAAUCGAAACUCACUCAGUCGGUGCUGCUCAGAGGAGAAAAUGGCUCAGAAGGGAGUUCCGCUAGACCAAGAAACGUUCUCUUGUUCAGUCUGUCUGGAUCUACUGAAGGUUCCGGUGACUAUUCCUUGUGGACACAGCUACUGCAUGGAGUGUAUUAAAACCCAUUUGAAUGAAGAGGACCAGACGGGAAUCUACAGCUGCCCUCAGUGUAGGCAAACCUUCACACCGAGGCCUGUCCUCAUGAAAAACACCAUGUUGGCAGCUUUAGUGGAGGAGCUGAAGAAGACCGGACUCCAAGCUGCUCCUGAUGAUCCCUGCUAUGCUGGACCUGAAGAUGUGGCCUGUGAUUUCUGUACUGGGAGGAGGAUGAAGGCUGUCAAAUCCUGUUUGAUAUGUUUAGUCUCUUACUGUGAGAAACACCUUCAGCCUCACUAUGAUGUCGCUCCAUUAAAGAAACACAAGCUGGUGCAGCCCUCCAAGAGCCUCCAGGAGAACAUCUGCUCUCGUCAUGAUAAGAUGAUGGAGAUGUUCUGUCUCACUGAUCAGCAGUCUAUCUGUUAUCUCUGCUCUGUGGAUGAACAUAAAGGUCCUCAGUCCUCCAGAGUAGGAGUGUACCUGGAUCACAGUGCAGGUAUUCUGUCCUUCUACAGCAUCACUGAAACCAUGACUCUCCUCCACAGAGUCCAGACCACAUUCACACAGCCACUGCAUGCUGGACUCUGGAUGGGAAAAUCAGCUGAGAUCUGUAAACUCAAAUAA